AUGAAUGUUCAUGCCCAAAGUCCCCCGUGGGUGAGUCGGCCAGUGGAGGAGAGACAGACUGCGAAACUGGGCCGGACGGUGCGGCUGCCCUGCCCGGUGGAGGGAAACCCUCCGCCGCUGGUCCUGUGGGUGAAAGAUGGGCGUAACAUAAACUCAGGGUGGAGCCGCUACAGGGUACUGAAGCAGAGUCUGAGGAUCAAAGAGGUGGAGCUGGACGACGCCGGCGUCUACAUCUGUCGCGUGACCAACGGUUUCGGCAGCAUCGCCCUGAACUACACCCUUAUUGUCAUCGAUGACACCGCUGAGCCCCAGGAUAAAUCCCCUGCGACAGAGGAACAGGCCAACUCUGAACUCAGUCUACAGGACCCGACGGGACGACCAUGGGUGAAGCCACGGUUCAGUCAGCCCACCAAGAUGCGGCGUCGGGUUCUGGAGCAGCCCGUGGGGAGCUCUGUGCGUUUGAAGUGCCUGGCCAGCGGGAACCCGGAACCGGUCAUCACGUGGUGGAAGGACCAGACCCGUCUGCCGCCGGCACGCCAGGGCAAGCGGCCGCAGUGGACUCUAACGCUGAAGAACCUGCAGCCUCAGGACAGUGCCAAGUAUACCUGCCACGUGUCCAACGCAGCCGGGCACAUCAAUGCCACCUACAAAGUGGAUGUCAUCGAGCGAACCAAUUCAAAACCCAUUCUCACCGGCACACACCCAGUCAACACAACAGUGGAGUUUGGUGGCACCGCCUCCUUCCAGUGUAAAGUCCACAGCGAUGUGAAACCUGUCAUCCAGUGGUUGAAGCGUGUCGACCCAGGCACGGAGGGACGCUACAACUCCACUCUAGAAGUGGGCGGUCACCAUUUUGUGGUGCUACCCACGGGCGACGUCUGGUCCAGGCCCGACGGAUCCUACCUCAAUAAGCUAGCUAUCAUCAAGGCACGGGAUGAGGACGCAGGCAUGUACAUUUGCCUGGGCGCCAACACGAUGGGUUACAGCUUCCGCAGUGCCUACCUCACCGUGCUUCCAGACCCCCAGGUGGAGAAGACUGUGACCCCCCCUCACCUGAGCUCCGGGCUGCCCUGGCCCCUCAUCAUUGGCAUCCCCGCCGCUGCCCUCCUCAUUGUGGGCACCAUCGUGCUCUGGUUGUGCCACAGCCGCCGGCGACAGGGCGCUCUGCCCCCCCGCGCCAUCCCCCAUCGAGACCAUCACCCUCCCUUAGACAAGACCCCCGUCGUGCCCUGCGGCAUCGGCCCCGACGUCGCCAACCAAAGACUCGCGGGGAUCGGACCCGCGGCGUUAAACGGCCAGCCGAAACUCUACCCCAAGGUUUACACGGACAUGCACACCCACACUCACAUGCAUUCCCACGCCCACAUGGACGGCAAAGUCCAUCAGCAUUUCCACUACCAGUGCUAA